AUGAGGUAUGUUCCACAACAAGCUCCACUAGCUUUUUUAAAAUCAGCAAACAAGCAAAAACAGAGAUACUAACUUUACAAAGUGAGUACAUAGAUAGACCACGUUCAGAAUUGACCGAAAAAGAGUUGGCCAAACUUGAAGAAUUUGAAUUCCUCCAUGGACCAAUGUCACUAAUACACCACGCACAACAGGAAAACCUGCCGAUUAUCAUCUCGUGCAGAAACAACCACAAACUAGUUGGCAAAGUUCGUGCUUUCGAUAGGCAUUGCAAUUUGGUUUUGGAAAAUGUCAAGGAGUUGUGGACUGAAAAAGUCACUAAUUCGUUUGGCAAGACCAAGAAUGUCUCGAGGGAGCGGUUCAUUAGUAAGAUGUUCCUACGAGGAGAUUCUGUCAUUAUUAUAUUGAGAGCGUAA